AGACUUCAUUAUGCUGAACAAGUUUGUCCCAUGUUGCCAGUUUUGGAAAUGUGACGAUAAAUAAUAUUUUAAUUAAUGAAUAAUUUAUGAAGUAUUUCUUCAUUAUGUUCUUCAAAAAACAGUAAAAACUCCCAUUAAAGUCAAACAUCCAGCAAACUGCAGACUGAACUCAGGGAAACAAACUGAAUUUAAGCUAAAGAGACUCAUGGAUUAAAUUUUCUUUUUCAUUUGAAACUGGCGCCACCUUGUGACAGAACUAUGUUUUUAAAAUACCACUGACUAAACACAGAAACACAACCUGCAGGUUUCCAUGGUGACAGCUUCUAUUUCAGUGGUUGUAGUUCAUGUAGUUCAGUCAGAAAGUUCUUUGAUGUGAAAUAAACAGGAUGAUGAACAGGAUCAGAUGCUGGAAUGACUGAAUGAAGUCAGACUGGAGAUUUUCCUUCUUCUACCUGGAAUGACUGAACUUUGACCUCAUGUGUUCAUGACUCUUCACCUCUGUCUCCUCUCACAGGGAGAAGAUGAUCUGCAGGAUGCUGCUGCUCCUCAUCCUCAUCUCAUCUGUCUGUGCAGCAACAUUUGUAGUGAAUGUGACACAGAGCUCCUAUCAGGCAGAGGAGAACCACAACAUCACUCUGGAGUGGACCUUCACCACCAAACCUGACGUCUCCUGGAGGUUCCUGUUUAUCAUCUGUAACCUGAUAACUGAUCACAAAUUCUUAACCCUGUAUCAUGUCCAUGAAGGAGUUGAGGUACCAGAGUCUCAGGAUGGACAGUUUGCAGGACGAGUCCAGAGUGACAAAGACGUCCUCAGAGAAGGACGAAUCAGACUUCAUGUGUCCAGACUCAGAACUAAUGAUUCUGGUCUGUAUGUGUGUGGUGUGAAGACAGAUUACGGCUUCAGCUCUGAAAAAUGUCAACUGAACGUUACCGGUUCCUGGUCUUUUGGAUUCUGUCAGCCCUGCCUGCUACGCCUCCCUCCUGGAUUGCUUUCCUGCCGCCUUGAUUCCCAUCCAUCUCCAGCUCAAGCCAGCUCCACACAAACGCUCAGUCUGUCAUCCACUCUGCCUACCGUGAACCACCGUGAUUACUGGAUCCUGCCUGUGGCUUAUACUGCUCUCCGGAUACUGUUCAAAGAAAGCAUUCCUGCCUGA